AUGGCUUCGUCUCCUCCCACAUGGCCAUACCUCGGCUUUGAACAGAGUCCCCCCUCUACCACUUUUGAUGCUUGCAGCCCAAACUCCUGGGUGCAUAAUGACUAUCUUGAAACAUCCACUAUCUUCAUGUCUCCAAUAUCUUCUUCGUCGAUGCCUUGGGGCUCUCCUGCGUCAGCCUCGUUCGAAAUCAUGGAUCAUACGCCCAUUAGAGGCCGCUCUCAGCCUGUCGUUCCUGCCCAAGGAUAUACACCGCUCGUGUACCAACCGAUGUUUACGGCAUCUCACUCGAGAUCGUCUCCGACGCAAGUGACUGGCGACCACAUGCCUUCCACGGCCGAUGUUCGCCACUUGCUCGAGACGUUGUCAUGUUCGAAUACGGCACGCUAUCCCAACUCUGGGCCUUACGCCAUAUAUGAAGGUCACAACGACGCAGCCUCCCAGUCCUGCUCCUCUCUGGCGUCCGCCGGUACCUCAGGGAAUGUACCCGCCGCACAUCUUGGCCCCUUGCCCAGUGGCCAGAUCGCGCGCGCGUAA